UUUUCCAGGCGUACCCGCCAUUCCAAUCGAGAGGGUGCUGCUGUAAUCAGGAGAGAAACGGCUGGUCGGUUUGUGACAUUUUUGCGCUUGUAUCGGAUAAAGGCGAUGGCAGCAGAGCGGCCGUUUUUCUGAGCUGAGCAGCGAGAGCGGCCAUGGAGGAGCGGGAGCGAGACGAGCCCAACGCGGCCUCGGGUCUGGAUCAUAAUGCCAGCAGUAGCACUAAGACCUUAGAGCCAGGACUGAGGCCGGUGGAAAAGCGAGGCCCAUACAUUAUGUCCAAAGCCCCUGCCAUUCACCUGAAACUGCAGAGGCACAGGGAGAUGGCUCGCCAGGUCCUCAAGAAGAAGGGGCUGACUGUCGGAGGGAUAGUGCUACAGCAGCCCAGGCAUGGAGCCAAGAGGAGCGUGAAGUUCAAUAAGGGCUACGCUGCUCUCAGCCAGAGGCCUGAUGAGACACUGGUGUCCCUGGACUCUGACAGUGACGGAGAAUUGGAGUCUCAGUACUCCUCUGGUUACUCUUCAUCUGAGGUCCACCCAGAGCUCAGCAGGCAGCUUCUGAAGGAUGGCUAUAGGUUGGAUGAAAUCCCAGAUGAUGAGGACCUGGACCUCAUUCCCCCCAAGGCCAUGAAUUCCCCUGUGUGUUGCUGUGCGAACACCCCAUCCUGCUGUGUCCAGUGACCAUAGCAAACAGCUCCCAGGUUUCCUGGUGCUGUGCCCCUCCUACCCAACCGUGACACCCUAUCUCUGCGUGCCUCUCUCCAGAGUGAUCCUGAACUGUGCUGUAGCACAGAGUGCUGCUGCCACCAUGCUGCCUGCUUGUCGGGGACAUUAGCCUAAUAACUGGGGGUUUUGACACUGUUGAUCAGUUUGUGGUUAGUGCAGCAGUCUGUUUACCCUUAAGGAUAAUAAAUGACUGAAGUACACAGUGUAAGCAUCUGGCAGUAUGGUGUUCCAGCUUACCUCUUUUGUAUGUAUUACGUUCCCUGAUAUGGGAGUGUGUUCGACAGGGCAAAUGUGGUGCCUCAGUAUAGUAAAAACAACCGUUCUUAAAACUGAGCAACACAAGACAUUGUCAUUUUGAAAGACAGCACUAUUGGCAUUAUUGUACCCCCUUGUACUUAUGAAAUGUUGGAGAAUUUCUUAAUUUCCAGGAAGGAAAAGCAAGACCAGUUUAUGUCCAAUGUGUACAUUUAACUUGUACAGUUGACCUGCUAAGACAGAGGUAUAGUACGCACUGACGGUAUUUGGGAUUUCUCUGCUUUUCGAAAAAGGCAAACUCGGAGAAAACCUCCACCCAGGAGAGGAGUCCAGUGACAGCAGGUGUAGGUUCCCCUGCCCCUGUUCCUCUACUGCUAUGUGUGUAUUCUUCGUGUGCAGUGCGUGCAGUCCAUGUGUUACAUGAGCCGUUCCUAGUCUUUUCUUAGGAGCUAGUGUGUGCAUGUGCACGAAAACAAACACUAACUUUCAUACACUUUGCCUCUUCACACCAAAGGUGUCUAUUUUUCACGUGAAUACGCUGUGUGCUCCUUCUCGAGCACCUGCUCUUAUUAUUGUCACAAGUAUGACUUGCAUGCAUUUUCAAGGAGUGUUGGAGAGUUUCCUCCUACAUUACACUUCCAUGUGACCACAAUGAGCAGGUGCCACUGGAGAUGCAACCAGAUACCACUGCAAGUAGAGGCUAUACAGUAACGAUCCCUUAUCGGCUGAAUAAGCACUCUGCGACAGAAGCAAUCACUUUGAAAUAUUUCUAUUAAAAUUGAAAAACCAAUGUUAAGGGUUACAUUGACUUCUGUAGUAAAAACAUUGCAGCUGUGUGUUCUGAUGGUCACCAACUGAGUCUGUGUUGGUUUAUCUCUUGGUAUAUAAAGGUUGUACUCAUCUCACAGUGCCAGCAGCGCCACACUGCACUAAAUAUGACUGAACUAUGCAACUAACUAGACAAUCUUUCUUUAUAUAUAUA